AUGGCUUCCCUUGUCGAGCAUUGUCCUCAACUUCGCUAUCUAUAUCUUUGCGUCUCCAGCCAUCGAUGCUUAAAGGCUGGGGUAACGUGGUGUCGAUCGAAGUUAGUCAACAAGUUCCACUUUGAGAUUCCCAAGCUCGAGGCUGAACUGGAUGAAAACCUACAGCUUGUUUACUGCUGGCCCAACCUUGUUAAGCACCAUCGAUUUGCAGACGAAGUGGUGCCGAUGCUUGUUAGUAACAAUCUGUUGUUCGAGUUUUGUACGUAUUUCAGGAGAGACCUAGCCCAAGAACAAUCUGUAGUUGAGCUUUGGCCAAUGGUCCUUUUCGCAGACGCGGAAGGGGUAGAGCGCUUUAGAAAGCUACAACUUAGCAACUACGAAGACUUCCGACACCCUGAUGAACACUCUGAUCUUGUCGAGUCGGAAGAGGAUCCCGAGAACGAAGAAUUGGAUGCGGCGGAAUAUAUUCCGGAGGAGGAUGUGCACGAUGAGUUUGACGAUACAAUGGAUGAUAUAUUUGACCAUGUCUAUCAAGCUUACAUGCAGAAAUACGCAAGACAAUGGAGCUAG